AAGGGCGGCAGUGGGCCCUGCAGCUGGCAACCUUGAUGCAUUGAUCACGAUUAUCAGGAGAGAAGGUUCCCCCACUAGAUGGCCCUUUGACAGCAAAAGGCCGUCGAUGUGGUUGUGUGCGUCAUGGCUUCUCCCGCGCGGUUAGAACUGCUACCCUGCCCCGGAACACAAGUCACGAGAGGGUUUUCAAAAGGCGUUCCCAUGGCCUACCGAACUACGUGCAAUCGACACGGCACUUUAGCUUCGCACUCACGUCAAGGAACUGUAUUGUUCUUCAUCGAGCUCAAGGUCGCGCUCGGGCUGCCGUUGUCCCCUCGUACUCAAAGGGCGCUUGCAUGCUUUUUAAGUCUAAAUUGAUAGAGUGUAAGAACGUGUUCUCAAGAGAACAUUCAAUCAGGAAACAGCUUGCAAAUGUACUACGUGAGUUCAUCGAUUCGCUGUCGUUCUACCUCAUCGACGGGGUUCCAUCGUAUCGUGAUGAUCAUGAGUGUUUCGAGAACGUACACACCGGUCCGAAGAUUGCAGCAUUUGGAUGCAGGAACGUAUUACGGUGGGAAGACAUAAACCAGGGAUGGUCCGAGGCCAAUCCAAUGAUAGUGCACCUACUUUUGCAGAUUGAAAGUCUGUGCUGGAUGUCAUCAUCAUCAGUGCAGGAACGGACGACUGUGGGAAGUCGAAGAGCUAAUCUGUUUGGAGUCGGGCGUGACGAGCAUCCUGAGCCACUGAAAGGUGGUAUCGAUAGUGGGUGGCUUCAUGCCUCGAGGCAGAGGCCAAGCUUCUCGCGCCUUUCAGGCGGUGCGCGUGCAAUGCGCUCGGAUCAUCUACCGCGGCCGUCCGACCCUUUAGGCAUAUUGGAAAAUCAAGAAACCAGAAUGGUCCGUGAUUUGUCGACGAGACCCCAUUUCGACGGCCGGUCGGGCCUGGAGGUCGAGGCUACGUUGCAAUGCGGCAUUCUGCCUCGGCACUUUGAGGGUGGGUAGUUAUUCUUGGGUACGGUACCGCAGGGGAAGACUCCAAGUGAAUUGUGAGGGGGGUACUCCGUCUAGUCGCACUCACGGAUUCCAUUGUAAUAUUGCAUGGGAGGGUUCUUAGCCUGUAGAGUCUCAGAAUGUGAUCGCUCCUUCUAAAGGAUGAUUCCCUCGGGAUGUUACCCAUCCCGCUGAACGGCAAGUCGAGCCGGG